AUGGCAUCGUGGAGAGACGGUACAAAAACACAGUAUCAAACAUAUAUAAAGAAAUGGGAAACCUUUUGCAUCCAAAAUGAAUGUAGUUUCCUAGAUCCUCCUAUACCUAAAGCAGUUGAUUUCUUAACAGGAUUGUUUCAGCAAGGAUUAUCAUACACCUCAAUAAAUACAGCUCGCAGCGCUUUGUCUGCCUUAUUGCAUCGCAAGGAUAAUACUAUUCCCUUCGGACAGUUACCAUUAGUAAAACGAUUUAUGAAAGGAAUCUUUGAACUUCGCCCUAGUUUUCCAAGGUACGAAGCUGUCUGGGAUGUAAAUAAAGUCUUUGACUAUUUUAGACAGAAAUGUAAUGUCUCGGAUUUAUCACUUAAAGAGCUUUCUGAAAGGUUGACAAUGUUGUUACUACUCCUAAGUGGACAACGAUCUCAAACAAUACACUUAUUAUCUAUCGCAAGUAUGGAGCUUUCUCCAACCCGAUGUGUUUUUCAAGUGAAAGAAAAUGUGAAACAAUCUCGAGUAGGUUACCAUAUUGCUCCUAUAGCUAGUGUAUGAAGAAUAUCCGAAAGAACCAGCCCUCUGUAUUUUAAUGCACAUCAAGGAAUAUAUUAAGCGUACACAGAAGCUUCGCGAUCCGGAACUUUCUCAACUAUUAAUUAGUUAUGUUAAACCAAAUAAGCCAGUGUCUCGAGAAACUAUUGUUCGCUGGUGUAAGAAUGUACUUAAAUCAGCAGGAAUUGAUACCAAAAGAUUCAGCUGUCAUAGUACUCGGGCGGUAUCUAUUUCAUUAGCAGCAGAAAAAUCGGGCGAUAUUGACAAAAUCAUUAGCUCGGUUGGCUGGUCAAACGCUAAAACUUUUCAGACAUUUUAUAAGAAACCUGUGGAACAAACCUUUAACUUGG